ACAGAACUUGUAUCACUGUCUACAACUAAUUUGGCAAGGCAAUUGAUAGAAACCGAGAAGUGAAGGUCAAAUCGGUGAUCCUAAGGCAGGCCUCUGUAGCUCCCUGACAACACAUGUGUGAAGUUACUCAAACACACAGUGGAGCUCUCAUGAGUCGUAAAUACAGAGGGAGGGAGGUCAUCUGUUCCCUCCUUUUCUUCUGACUUCUGGUGAGGCGGCUACUACCACUUCCCCUUCGCCAUUCUCCUUUUCGUCUUCAUGAGUUCUGCUGUGUUUCAUUUUUUGUUUUAUUUAAUUUUUGUGGUUGUUGUAUUGUUUCUAUUUAUUUUGAUUCCUAGUCUGGGAUCGUCCAAGUUUGCUUCGUUAGGUUCAAGGUGCAGUUCUGUUUUUGUAAAACGGAAAUGGAGAUAGCUUGUCAAUCAGCUAGGUUGAAGUGCUGAAGGUCGUUGUAGUAGGGCCUGUGUCUGUGCCUCGUUGAGGUUUAAGUUGUAGGGUCGUGCUGUUCCUUCGUGACGUCGAGGUUUAAGCCACGCGGUGGUGUUUCUUGGUGGUGACUUUAGGGAGCCUGAUCACAUUGAAGUUAAAGUUUCUGAAACUUUUUGAAGCGCAAGUCUGAAUAUAUGUGUGUGCGUUAAUUGAUUAUCAGUGGAUUUGUUGAUGGAAGAGCGAGAUUUGCGAGCUGUUUGACAUGGGGAAAUGGCUCUGGGGAGACAUAGGCUUGCUGUAGUAUGGAAGUAGCAAACUGUGCGUGAUUGAGCUCCUCUCAGGGGUCUUGGAGGUGUGGAGUGUGAUUAUUGAUCCUUGUUGAAGAGAGGGUUUUGUGGGGAGUUUAAUGAGCUUGUCUGUUGUGAGGUGAGGGUUAUUUACACUGAAAGAGAACUGCGAAGGGCAAUCCAAGUGAUAAGGAGAGUUAGACACACUGUACUUGCGUGACAUUGUUGAGAGAUGUUGCUCUCGGGAGCACUUAGCUACUUUCCACUCCCUCAAGUAUGUCUGUGAAUCGAGAAGUUGAUUGUCAUGAUCAUAGCACACGGUGACAGUAUCAGGAUCCUGAAAACAAGAUUCAAUUUUUCAUUACAGGUAACCUUUUUAUGACUCAUACCUUGGAACGAUUUGCCAUGAUAGUACAGCUUUUUAAGAAGGUUUCGUCACAUCAUCAACUUCUGCGGAUAGAAUGAAGUACAGAGAGGUUGCAGGCAUGGAGCGAGAGGCAAGUUUUAGGAGGUGAUCGGUGAAGGGUCCCAAACAUACGAAGGGUGGGAAAAACUGGAAGCAGCUAUGAUAGGAACCCCUAUUGCCUUUGGACUGACCAUGAUUGUUUGUUUCACACUCUUUUAUUACUACUGGCGCAUUCGGCAACUCCGAGCUCGACUUCUGUCCGCCCAAUCUGCACCAGUUCAGGACGACUUCCCCGUUGAAUUCGGGAUUGGGAAGAACGUGGUGGAGACAUUUCCAACUAUAAAAGCAUGUGAGCUGGAGUGCACAGCUGCUGAAGAUCUGCAGUGCCCGAUUUGCCUAGUGGAAUACGAAGAGUGGGAAGUUCUGCGGCAGCUGCCUUUUUGCGGCCACGUCUUUCACACUCUCUGUGUGGGUGCUUGGUUUGAAAAGCAGACUACUUGCCCAGUCUGCCGCAUGAGCAUGUCAGAGCUUACGGGAUCAUUCGGUGAUUCUAUAAUUGCAGACUCUACGCGCAACUGCAGAGUUCGUCCUCCCUCAUCGGACGUUACAGUAGAGGUAAUUACAAGCGACACUCCAUCCUGGAUACUGGUCAACCGUUGUCUCCCCUUGCCUGCCCCACCGGUGCCUGCAACGGAAACUACUGAGGGCAAUCACACAUGCACAUGCACCACAGGGAUUCUGAACGAAAAUGGGUUAACGCAGCCAAAAAUGGCGACUGAAACACCUGCUAGUCGUGAGUGUGUGCAGCUGGAUGUUGCUCAGAGAAGAGAAACAGGCUCCACAGAUUUUCAUCUUGUCAACAUACCACAAGAACGAAGAAAUCUGUGUUCCAAAUGUAAGCACUUCAUGAAGCGAGUCAGAACUAUCUCUUCUGGAGAUUCUUUGUAUUCAAUGAACAGACCUGAAACCCUGCAUGAACAGGGAGACGUCCAGAUAUUGCUUUUUCGAUCAAGCGCCCAGUCUUGGGAAGGCAAUGGUCUUUCGGUAUCCCGUGAUAAUGAAGAGGUCGAAGGAGGGAGGCUCAAUCCUCAGGAGACCUUUAGGUUGCAAGAAACAAGUGGACAGAAUGGUAUGACAGGAACGCACCAGUUUACCGUGGAGGCAGACGGUCCUGUGAGCAAAGAUGAUUCCAAUGUCGAUUCUAGUCGAAAUUUCAGAGAAGAGAAAGUGUCGGAGAAUGCUCUGCAAACCGUGUUAGAGUCUGCACAAGGAUCAUUCGAGUUUCAACCAGUUAUCACAGCCAACGGUGAAUUAACAUUCCGAGCGACGACCCAGUAAGAUGAGUAGAUUUUAGGCUGUGAUUCACUAUCCGCUGGUGCUCAAUCAGAACAAUUUUAAGCACUUGUGGAGUUUCGCCAGAGCUCUGAGUUUAAGAAGCAAUUUAGUAAAAGACCGUCAGUUCAAGCUCAUUAUUCUCUUCUAAUCGCUUGGUAUAUCAACAAUUCAGACAACACGACUGAUCGCAUUGUAACAGCUGAGCAUCUUUUCUAGCUUGAUCAAUUGGUUUAUUAAUCUGCUUAAGGUAGGAAACCAGUGUCGUGGGAAAUAGUCUGUCUGUGGAAAAGUUUUUCAUUUUGUUUGAAAUCCUUGAAACUGGCCUGGGAAUUCUAUAGUCUUAAAGUAAAAAUUCCAAGACUAGGUGGAUGGGACACGUUUGGUGCAAGUAUCUAUCAGCGAAGUGCUCGAUCAUGGGCCAUGGCAACAAGAACAGCAAAUUAUUUUGCAAGAUACUUAGGCAGGAACUUUUACUUCCUGGGCAUCAUCUUCA